ACUUUAAACGCGCGAAAGUCAACGAAGGCGAGGCACCGGAGCCAAUAUCCCAGCAGAGCUACACAGCAGGCCGUCUCCGUCUUCCUACAGCCCCCAAAAAGCCUAAGCCGUAAGAUGCAGGUCCACCAGGCUGUCUUUGGAGCCGCCGUGCUCGGCAUGCUGUUGGCCAUCGGAGGCUCCCUGCCCGUUCUGGAUGUCAGCUCUGGCAUCGACAACGCCACCAUCGAGGAGCUCAGAGCCAGCGUGAACGACAGCCCCAAGAAUCUCUAUGUGGUCAAGGCGGUGGUCUACGAGAUUGGCAUCCUGACGGAGGUGGGCGAAAAUGACACCAGUUUCGAGAGCCAGGAGCGCGUGGAUCUGACCUUCUAUGACACGCACAGCAACAAGAGCCACAUUGACCUGGGCAACAUCCCGCUGCCCAUCCAGACGAACGUCACCGGCCAAGUGCUAACCGGUAUUGCACCCGUCAACCUAGGAGCUUUCAGCAGUCCCCAGGAACUGCUGGAGACCCUGCCCCUAACCGGUAGCAUUGUGAACAUCACGCACAGCGACACCGCCUUCUAUCAACUGAGUAGAUCCAACACCAGUGCCGCCGACAAGCCACAGAUCCUCGACCAGGAUGCACUGGCCAAGCUCACCCAUGCGGCCCAGCUGUUCCCGCCAUCGUCGACAAUUGGCCAGUCGGUGCCCAUCAAUCCGGCCGCCGAUAACGAGGUGGCCCAGGCGGAACCCGAGGAUUAGGAAUCUCAUCGUGAUGCAGUGCGUUGCUCUCAACCAUACAACCUAUAAAUACGUAUACACUAGAUCUACUUAGUUUUAUGGCUUCACACACUUAAGUACCUACAGUGCUAGAAAAGACUGGAUGGGUGGACAAGGGAUCGGCACUAUUGCCUUGGUCACAUCACAAGGUUGGAAUUUCACUUUUCUAUUGUAAAGUAAAAAUAAAUUUCGCAUUAGUGCUAGGUAAAUG